CACGUGACCAAAACAGGAAGUGUAAUGGGAUAGUCGUAAAGUACUUCUAGGUUGUUUUUGUGUUCGUUUCUUGAACCUAAAAGUUACCUUUGUCAAAGGGCCAUCCGUUUAUAAAGAAACAUGCCACCGAAAGACCCGUGUCAAAAGCAAGCAUGUGCAAUUCAAACGUGUUUGCAAGCAAACAAAUAUGUCGAAAGUAUGUGUGAGGAUGUGCUAAGGGAAAUGCGACGAUGCUGCCAGAGUCUGUCUGCCGACCGUGUGUCCGUUUGUUGCAGCGGGUUUUCAAGAGACCAGAAUACUACAAAGAAUCAAACGACUACUUUAUAAGAAUUAUGUAGAUGUCAUUGCAUUUUAUAUUACAAUACAAUCGGUGUAAUCAUGUAUUUAUGUUAUUACAUUUAUUUGGAGGAGAUAAUGUUUUGGUUGUUGUACCAAAAUUAAUAAACGUGCAAGCACUGGUUGUAGCCUAUCACUUGUUGUAUAAUUUAUAUUAUUUAUAAUUGUAACAAAAAUAAAGAAUGACUUUCAGCAAGAUACAAAAAAUAAAAUAACUGACUACAUUUCUAUGUUGUAUUUGCAAUAAAGUCCUAGAUUGUGCGUACAAAUAAAGCCAUAAGGACGUAGGACUAUUUGGUGCUCUGCGCACACUCCUGUCCUUAAGAGAUAAAACGCACCUAGUAUAUGGGCCAUUUAUCCAUGGUUUUAUUUCAUGAUACGCGUUUUAUAAUAUGUAAAGUAACCAUCUUUGAACUCAGACGACAGUUUUUACAAAAUCGUUGAACUCAUUGACGUGUUCAACGAUUCAAGGAGGUGUGCAGUUCUAUCAUAAUUUGCUUUUUUUUAUUACGUUGGGUCGAUUUAUUACUUUUUAUUACUUAUUACUUUGGGUCAGUAAAUUGG